AUGGGGGGGAAGGAAAAGCUGGACAAGGACGAGCCCUACGGAAAACCAGCGGAAUAUAACCCCUCCUUUCGAGGCCCUAUCAAGGACAGGAGCUGCACAGAUGUCAUCUGCUGCGUCCUCUUCCUGCUCUUCAUUGUGGGUUACAUCGUGGUGGGCAUUUUGGCCUGGGUCUAUGGAGAUCCCCGACAAGUCCUGUACCCCAGGAACUCUACGGGGGCCUACUGCGGGAUAGGAGCAAACAGUGACAAGCCUUAUCUCCUGUACUUCAACAUCUUCAGCUGCGUCCUGGAUGCCAACAUCAUCGCAGUAGCUGAGAAAGGCCUACAGUGCUCCACACCCCAGGUGUGCGUGUCGUCCUGUCCAAACACCACAUGGACUGUGGAACCCAGGCAAUACACCCUGACAGUCGAGGAGGUCUUCUACAAUGAAAACAGGAAUUUCUGUCUGCCUGGGGUACCCCAGGACAUGAAAGUGCUGAGAAGCCUGACCCAAGAAUUCUGCCCCAGUUUCCUGCUCCCUUCUAGCCCAGUUUUGGGCCGUUGCCUUCCAUGGGUCAACAGUACUGUUCCUGACCUCCCGGGGCUCACCAACACCAACAUCACUCAGGGAAUCAGUGGGGUUUUCGACAGCCUCAAUGCCCGUGACAUCAGUGUUAAGAUCUUCGAAGAUUUUGCCCACUCCUGGCACUGGAUUCUUAUCGCCCUUGGCGUGGCUCUGUUCCUGAGCAUGCUGUUCAUCCUGCUUCUGCGCCUGGUGGCCAAGCCCCUGGUGGUGGUCCUCAUCCUGGGGGUGCUGGGCGUGCUGGCCUACGGCAUCUUCCACUGCUGGAAGGAGUAUCAACAGCUGCGAGACAAGGGGUCCUCCAUUUCCCAGCUGGGCUUCACCUUCGACCUCAGCUCCUACUUGAGCGUUCAGGAGACCUGGCUGGCGGCCAUGAUCCUGCUGGCUGUGCUGGAAGGCAUCCUGCUGCUCAUGCUCAUCUUCCUGCGCCUGCGGAUCCUCAUCGCCAUCGCCCUCCUGGAGGAGGCUAGCAAGGCAAUAGGACAGAUGAUGUCUACUGUGUUCUACCCACUGGUCACCUUUGUCCUCCUGUUCAUUUGCAUCGCUUAUUGGGCCAUGACUUCGCUGUACCUGGCCACAUCAGGGCAACCCCAGUAUGUCCUACGGGUGCCCAACUCCAGCUUGUCUGGCUGUGAGAACCUGAUAUUGAAUGAAACUUGCAACCCUCUGGUCCCAGUGAAUAACUCCUGCCCAGGAGCGAUGUGCGUCUUCCAGAGCUACACGUCCACAGGCCUGGUUCAACGUUCUCUCUUCAACCUGCAAAUCUAUGGGUUCCUGGGACUAUUUUGGACCAUCAACUGGGUACUGGCCCUGGGUCAAUGUGUCCUGGCAGGGGCCUUUGCCUCCUUCUACUGGGCCCUCCACAAGCCCAAGGACAUACCCACUUUCCCCCUGUGCUCUGCCUUCACUCGCACACUACGUUAUCACAUCGGCUCGCUGGCCUUCGGAUCCCUCAUCCUGAGCCUCGUGCAGAUAGCCCGGGUCAUCUUGGAGUACAUUGACCACCGAUUAAAAGGAGCCCAGAAUGCACUAGCCCGGUGCAUCCUAUGCUGCUUCAAGUGCUGCCUCUGGUGUCUGGAAAAGUUUGUGAAGUUCCUGAACCGCAACGCAUACAUCAUGAUUGCCAUCUAUGGGAAGAAUUUCUGUGCCUCAGCCAAAGAUGCCUUCAAGCUGCUCAUGAGGAACAUUGUCAGGGUGGCUGUCCUGGACAAAGUCACAGACCUGCUGCUGUUUUUCGGGAAGCUACUGGUGGUUGGAGGUGUCGGGGUCCUGUCCUUUUUUUUCUCCGGUCGCAUCCCGGGAUUGGGCAAGGACUUUGAGAACCCCAGACUCAACUACUACUGGCUGCCCAUCAUGACCUGCAUCUUGGGGGCCUAUGUCAUUGCCAGUGGCUUCUUCAAUGUUUUUGGCAUGUGUGUGGACACCCUCUUCCUCUGUUUCUUGGAAGACCUGGAGCGGAACGACGGCUCCCAGGCUCGACCCUACUACAUGUCCAAGAACCUUCAGAAGAUUCUGGGCAAGAAAAAUCAGGAGACCUCGGGGAACAAGAAGACGAAGAAGUGAGAAACUUCAUCCUCAUCAGGGGCUGCUCUUCGUCUCCCAGCUCCCCUCCA